AUGUCUUCGCAGUGGGAGAUCCGCUUCAGCAACUCGCGCCGCCUGCCCUACUUCUAUGACCCAGUGACCCAGCAGUCGACAUGGGAGAUCCCGCAAGGUCACACGGAGGAGUCCAUCCGCUCGUUGCCCGGUGCUCAGUACCUCGACGCUGCCAAUGCGCCUGGCGGUGCUGCUGACAAGCCGGACAAGGUUCGCGCCAGCCACCUGCUCAUCAAGCAUGCUGGUAGUCGCAGGCCCAGCUCCUGGAAGGAGGCCAACAUUACGCGUUCCAAGCAAGACGCCAUCGAGCAGCUGAAGAAAUUCGAGCAGGAGCUCCAGCAGGACUCGAGCAAGGAUGCAUUUGCCUCUCUCGCUAGCGUUCACUCCGACUGCUCUUCGGCACGCGCAGGCGGCGAUCUGGGCUUCUUCCAACGUGGACAGAUGCAAAAGCCCUUCGAGGACGCCGCAUUCGGCCUGAAGGUGGGCGAGCUGAGCAGCAUCGUCGACACAGACAGUGGAGUGCACCUCAUCUACCGCACCGCCUAA